CCGUCUCCGUCCACUUGGUCGCGAAUGCUUGGAGUGGAUCUGGAGGGUUGACCGACGCGUGGGAAACCAGACAGUUGCGUCGCUUCCGGAAGUUGAAGGUGGACGCUCGACCCAGCUUCUACCCUUUAAUCGUCUCACUUUCCACUCGUCCUCGCCCGCCCGCACGCGCAAACAAUGGCAACCCGCUCAGCAGGUGGUAAUAUCUUCGGCGCGGCACCCGCUGCCCAGCACGGCGCUGAAGGUCUCGUUUCGUUCAGAGCCGGCAAAUGCACCCGAGAAGGCACUCGCGUUACGCCGGAGGCUCGCAAAGGACUGCUGUACAUGAACCAGGGCGAUGAUGGGCUUAUGCACCUGUAUUGGAAAGAUCGUCGCACGGGAGCGAUAGAGGAUGAUCUUAUUAUCUUCCCAGAAGAGGCCGAUUUCCUGAAGGUGACGCAGUCCGAGGGGCGCGUGUAUGUGCUGAAGUUCAAGUCAUCAUCGCAACGACUGUUCUUUUGGCUGCAAGAACCAAAAGCGGACAGGGACGAAGAGUUGGCGCGGAAAGUGAACUCCAUCAUCAACAACCCUCCGUCGGCUGGCGGCUUCGAGAGCGACUUCUUGUCCGUUUUGCAGCAGAGUCAAAGAGAACAAACCCCAUUGUCGCCUGAUGGCUCCACCACUGCCCAGCUGGAACAGAUCCGCCGUGUUUUGGCAAAUAUCAGUGUUUCAGAUAGGGAGGCUGAGCCAGCGGAUGAGGUUCUGGGCGUGAUCACUCCAGAAAUGGUGCAACCGAUCCUAAGCAACACCGAAAUUUCAAGGGCAUUGUUCCCAAACCUCCCGCCAAAGGACAAUCGUACAACCGCGGAGAUUCAGACGAUCAUGAACGGCGCUGACUUCCGCGAAUCGGCCCGCUCUCUUAGUGCAGCUUUGCGUACCGGACAGCUAAACAGCUUGAUUGGACAGCUAGGUCCGAACAGCAACACGGAAGCUUUGCAAACGUUCCUCCAGGCGGUGCAAGAUCGUCUGAACCAGACAGGAGGGUCCGACUCUAUGGAGACCGACUGACUUGAAAGGUGGAAUUCUACUCGAUAUCGGGAAGCGUGGAUCGACGGCUACUCCUAUCGACUACUUCUGCCAAACUACUUCUAGGGGAGUUGUACUAUAUAUGAGAUGCAAUUGUGAUGAGAAAAUGAAACAGGAAAUCUGUAUUCGGAAACACUUGUGGAUUGGAGUCGGAUGUGGAAGGCAAUCGUCUGUGGUCGAUCGUCCACGUCCAAGAUAGCAGAAGUACAUCAAACACCCAUCAAUCAACACGCCGACUAACCCUCACUUCCACGCUCCACCCCUAACCCUCCCCCAGACCCUGGACACCUCCACCCCAUCCCCCGCACCCACCCUCACCCUCCUAACCAACCGUUGCCUCAACGCCCCAACAAGCUCCGCAUGCGCCUUCUGCGACUGCUGGAUAAACAGC